AUGUUCAAUAUGGAGCCGCCUUCGGGCCUCCGGCGUCUCGCGAUGCUGUUGGCGCUUUUGCCGUCGCUAGCGUCAGCAGCUACUCUAGACUACCGCGAUCCCGUCCCAGCCGGUUACGCCUCUCCGCCGUAUUACCCUGCGCCGUACGGCGGCUGGGAUGACGAUUGGGGUGGUGCUUACGAGAAGGCCGUUGCCAUGGUGUCUAGCAUGACUAUCGCCGAAAAAGUCAACAUCACUGCGGGAACGGGACGAUGUGUGGGCAACACGGGUAGCGCGCUUCGUGUGGGCUUCCCACAGAUGUGCCUAGAAGACGGUCCAUUAGGUGUUCGCCCGACUGACAAUGUCACGGCCUUCCCGGCAGGUAUCAGCACAGGCGCGACGUGGAGCAAGGAACUCAUGUACCAACGAGGCGUGGCUCUAGGCGAGGAAUUCCGAGGCAAGGGCAUAAACUACUACCUCGGACCUUCUGUCGGCGCGCUCGGCAGACAACCGCGGGGUGGACGAAGUUGGGAGGGCUUCGGGUCGGAUCCUGUGCUUCAGGCCGUCGCCGGUGCGGCGACGAUCAAGGGUGUCCAGGAGCAGGGUGUCAUCGCAACGCUGAAACACUACAUUGCCAACGAGCAGGAGAUAUAUCGCAUGUAUAACCCCGUGCAACAGGCUUACAGUUCCAAUAUCGAUGAUCGUACUCUGCACGAGCUGUACCUCUGGCCUUUCGCGGAGGGUGUCCGUGCCGGCACAGGCGCCGUUAUGACUGCGUAUAACGCCGUGAACGGAUCUGCAUGCUCUCAGAACUCAUACCUUAUUAACGGUAUCCUGAAGGAUGAGCUAGGAUUCCAAGGUCCCGUCAUGACGGAUUGGUUAGCACAAAUCUCGGGCGUCGCGUCGGCUCUCGCAGGCCUAGACAUGUCGAUGCCGGGAGACACGUUCGGAAACAAUAUCCCGCUAUUCGGAUACAGCAAUUGGAUGUACGAGCUCACGCGGUCGGUCCUAAAUGGCUCGGUCCCGGUGGACCGAGUCAACGACAUGGCGACAAGAAUCGUGGCGGCUUGGUAUAAGUUGGGACAGGACGCAGAGGACUACCCGCCGCCCAACUUCUCGUCUAACACGAUGGACCGCGAGGGUCCUUUGUACCCAGGCGCUUUAAUCUCUCCCAGAGGCGUGGUGAAUGAAUACGUCAACGUUCAAGCAGACCACAAGACGGUCGCAAAGCAAGUUGCGCAAGAGGCAAUCACGCUUCUCAAGAACGACGACGGCUUCCUCCCUCUUACGACCUCAACGCCGCUAUUUGUGUUCGGCACCGACGCCCAGGCCGACCCGAAAGGUAUCAACUCGUGCACCGACAAGAGCUGCAACCGCGGUCUUCUAAGCAUGGGCUGGGGCUCCGGUAGUGCUUUAUUACCAUACCUCGACGAUCCCAUCAGCUCGCUGAAGCGCAAGGCCUCUAAAGUCACCUACUACGCCACGGAUUCAUUCCCGAAAGUGGCCGCGGCCACAGAAGAUGAUGUCGCCGUGGUCUUCAUCAACUCGGAUUCUGGCGAGAACUCGUACACGGUAGAGAACAACCACGGCGACCGAGACGCAUCUGGACUAUCUGCCUGGCACAACGGUGACACGCUGGUGCAAAAGGCCGCGGCGGCAUACAGCAACGUAGUGGUCGUCGUGCACACAGUAGGCCCAAUCAUCAUGGAGCCAUGGAUCGACCUCCCGUCCGUGAAAUCCGUGCUGGUGGCUCAUCUGCCCGGACAAGAGGCAGGCGACUCGCUGACCGAGGUGCUGUUCGGCGACGUCUCCCCAAGCGGACACCUACCCUACAGCAUCCCCGUAAAAGAAUCCGACUACCCCGACAGCGUGAGCAUCAAAUCAUCACCGAAACUCAGCCAGAUCCAGGACACAUACACAGAGGGUCUAUACAUCGACUACAAACACCUGAACAAGGCGGGCGUGAAGCCGCGCUUCGCAUUCGGCCACGGCCUAAGCUACACCACCUUCUCCUUCUCGAACGCGACCAUCUCCGGAAGUCAGCUCUCCUCCAUCCCUCCCGCGCGACCCACGAAGCCGUCUUCCCCCGUCUCCACCAUCGACGCCUCCCUCCCACCCGCCGCAGACGCGUACUACCCCAAAGGCUUCACCAAGAUCUGGCGCUACCUAUAUUCGUGGCUGGACAAGCUAGAAGCGGACGCCGCGCACUCCAUCGGCGCGGCCGGGAAAAAGACAUACCCGUACCCAGCGGGCUACGCCACGACGCAGAAGACUUCGGCGCCGCCCGCCGGCGGCGCAAGCGGUGGCAACCCGGCGCUGUACGACGCAGCAUACACGCUCUCCGUGACCGCCACGAACACGGGGACGGGCCCGGCCUCCGGCAAGGCCGUCGCGCAGGCGUAUCUGCAAUUCCCCGGGGCCAACGGCGGCUUCGACACGCCCGUGAUCCAGCUGCGCGACUUCGCCAAGUCGGACGUUCUCGCGCCCGGCGAGAGCGCGACGCUCGCCCUGCGGCUCACGAGGAAGGACGUCAGCGUCUGGGACGUGGGCUCGCAGAACUGGAUCGUGCCGAAUCCCGCGGGGAGGUACAGUGUCUGGAUCGGCGCGGCGAGCGAUGAUUUGAGCGUCGUGUGCUAUACGGAUACCCUCGAGUGUGAGGAUGGUGUUACCGGCCCUGUUUAG